UUUCCUUAGUCUGAACUUGAUUUCCAAUCAGCAGCUGAGCAGAAAACGACCCCACAGUUGUUUUUCUCCCCGACGAUGAUAGUGUAAAUAUUGUGGUCAAUCGUGUCAAGAUGGGUUCAUAUCACCUGUGUUUGUUAUUAUUAGGGAUAAUCGUUUUCCAGCUGAGUUUGGUUGCCGCACGUCGCAGACGUUUUAGAGAAUGCCCAGAAGAAAGAUUGAAAGUGAGGGAAAACAUGGCAGAUGUAGUACUUACCGGCACUGUCAAACGACUAUACGGUGGCCAAGAUGGUUUGUACAGUGGUGAAGUGCUGGUGAAGAGAGUGGUAAAAGGUGGUCAUUUGAGACCUGGUGAAUCGCUUCUUGUGGAAGGUUUCGGCAAUUCUGAUAUUUGUACCAGUAAAGUUAUUGCGAGAGAUUCGAAAAUAUUUCUUCUAAGCCAAUUAGAAACCGGGCGUUUCAGACUUAACUCAAGCAUGGUUCGAAUCAAUGCACCGAAUUUGGAUAAAAUAACUGCGACUGUAAAAGGCAUCCCUUACAGAAGAAGACCACCGAUAAAUGACGAGCCUUGUGAGAAGAAGCACUGCAAAUUUAAUGGUGAUUGUUUUGAAGAAAAUCGCCGAGCAGUAUGCCGAUGUCCAACAAAUUGUAAAGAGCAUUACAACCCUGUAUGUGGAAGUGAUGGCAUGAAUUACAACACUGAAUGUCAGAUGCGAGUCGACUCUUGUCGUAAAAAGAAGAAUAUAUAUGUGAAGCAUGAAGGACUGUGCUCGCGUACAGAAUUUUCUUAAUCUUCAUAUUUGUAUGUGAGAGUUCAUGUCUUUAUACAAUCAUUGCAUGUUGAGAAUUUAACUAUUUAAUAUAUUCAAUUUACGAUGAAUUUUACAGUCUUGAAGCGUUUAAAUAAAAUACUACUACUUUUUAAAAAAGAUUCUGGAACUUAUUUUAUUAUAGAAGAAAAUUGCAGUUUGAAAACUAAUUUAUUUGGUAUUUCCUACGAAGUAAUAACCAGGUGAAGCUAUACAAAUUUGCCAUCAUUCAGACAAAAAUGUAAACGCUGAUUGCAAGUUUUCAUUUACCACCUCCUCCAAGGUCUUCGUCGUUACACUUCUUCAGGACUUGAGAAUCGUAGUUCCUUAAGCAAAUUCUCCAUCUAAUUUAUAUGGCAGUGGCAUAGUGACUUGGGGGUAAGGGGUAUCACCAUCAUUCAGACAAAAAUGUAAACGCUGAUUGCAAGUUUUCAUUUACCACCUCCUCCAAGGUCUUCGUCGUUACACUUCUUCAGGACUUGAGAAUCGUAGUUCCUUAAGCAAAUUCUCCAUCUAAUUUAUAUGGCAGUGGCAUAGUGACUUGGGGGUAAGGGGUAUCACCCUGGGGACAAGACAUUAGUGCGCUUAUGACAGUUUUAAAGUUAAAUAUCCCGAUAGAGAGGAUAAAAAUUGUUUACUCUUUCUAACUUGUAACACGAGAAAGAAGGGGACGAAACAUUCCUAUUGCGCUCCGGGUGCCAGUUACGCUCGCUCUGGGUAAUAGUCUGAAUGUGCCAUUCCUGGAAUGUGUUGCUUUGAAAAGUAUUUUGACAUCAGGACAGACUUAUGUGUUGGUGUAUCAUUGUGAUGGAGCAAGUAUGACUUGGCCUUUCGCAUAUUUGCCGAACUACUGUCUCACUGAAUUUGCAAAGUUUUAUAUAAAAAGUUCUCCUACUUUGACAAUAGUUUUUCGACUGCCAUUUUGCGCAAUAUUUUCGACAAUGAUAACUUUUUUUACUCUCUUCGAAACUGACAGCUACCUUCAACCUUCCAUAAUCUCGUUACUCUCGAUCCUUUUUGAGCCGUCGAUACUUUGCAAACUCUACUUUGACUCAUUGCUAUUUCAACGGGAAUUUGCGAUCAUUUGAAAAAAAAAAAAAAAAAAAAAAAACUCAGCAAAAGUAAACAUAAUUUGACAAUUUACCGCUUUUUAAAAUUUGGCAUCUUUAGCUAUAUCCUUGCGCUGUAUGUAUAUGAACUGGAUGGAAUCAGCUCUGAUUAGACAGUCACGUGAUUCAAUUGGCUUGUUCAGUUGGAAAUGGUAUAAAUCAUGAAAUGGCGCAUUGAAUGGUAUUUGGUUUGAAAAAUAUUUUUAAAGUUACGGAAUCUUUUACAUUUAGUAGUAAAUUAAAAGAGAUUAAGCAAUGAAUCAUAUUAAGAUUUCUGUAACAGUAACUCUUGAACUCAUUGUUAUUCUUUGAUUAAUAAGCAUAUCUUCUAUUAUUUAAUUUUCAACCGAUUAUAAUCCUUAUAAAAGCAUGAAAUUUCUCUUUUAAUCCAAUCUAGGGAAUUUCGCUGGGUCUUCCUUAGACAUAUAUUUUACGAUUUCAGAAUGUUCUAACACUUUCCAUUGUAGUAUUCAUAGUACAGAAGGUACAAAAUUUCUGUACUUUCUUAAUCGGGUUUAAACUCUUCAGGAGCAGUAAUACAUAUUAUUAUCACAUGUGCUUCAGCCUUUAUUUAUUUAAUUUUGAAUAUUUUAAUGUUAAUCAAUGAAAUGAUUUACUUAAUAUUUGCACAGAAGUUGAAAAUAUUUUUUAUUAACAAAAUUGUAAUUAAAUGGACUUAAUUUUGAAAUAAAUACUUUUAAUUAAAAAGUUAAGUUUAGAAAUAAUUUUAAAUAUUUUUUGAGUGUUCCUUACGCUUAUUUAUGUAGAAUUCGAGGAAUAUAAAAAGAAAAUGGCAGUGUUGUGAUAUUUUCUGUCUUUCGACAAUCUUAAUGACUUGAUAGAAAGCCGUUUUAUUUUCAAUCGGAUAUUUUAGGCAAAUCUGCCUUAAGACAUGGAGAACUUGAAAUAAAAUUUUAAAUAAAGCUUACAAGGAACUUUUAUAGUUGAUCGAACUCCGAUUAGGCUAGCGAGACUCUGUCAUAUUCUGAAACUGAGGUUAAUAAAAAAUAUUUAAAACAGCGAGAUUUGAAAAUUUUAUAAAUUCUAAGUCAUUGAAAAAUUUGAUUUCCUAAAUACGAUUCCAUGCCUUAGUAAAACCAUUUCUUUGAGAUAAAUGAUUGCUGUGAUAUAACCAAAAUUCUGUGGUAGUCAUUCUUUUAGAUUAAUAUAUCAUUUUAUACAAAAUAUUAAUAUGUGAAUAUCUAAGGACUAAAGGCAGCUAUGUAUUAAUUUAGGAAACUAAUAAUAAAGAGAAGGCAGGAACAAACUAUACAAGACAAUGAUGCAUGUACGCUUCAUUUACAAUUUUGAAAUUUUAAAAUUAAUCUCGAAUAAUUUAAAAAUUAAUUAUUAAACUAUCGAAACAGGAUGGCUUUUGAAUAAAAAAAAAUGUUAACAAGCAAUUACAAAUGCUUAAUCAAUUUUAAUUAGGAAAUUAAAUUUUAAAUUUUUAAUAAUAUUUGUAUUA